AUGACAGAACCCUACUACAGUUUCUCAAGAAGAUGGUUCAACUUCAUUCCUCUCCAUUCACCCUAUUCUUCUUCAUCAAACACUUCUUAUUCACAUCAUGCUCAUAAUUUAAGCCAAUCCAUAAGCCAUACAGUUUCUCAGCAAAUUCCAAUUUCACCUCAUCCACAAGAAGCUCUUCCUCUUCUUAAUAACCUCAGCCCCUCAAAAGAUGAGCAUCAGCCCUCAUGCUGUGCCAUAGGAAAUGAGGGCAGAUCCCUUAGCACUGGCUCUGAUGAAAGUCUCACUAUAGACUUAAAUAUAGGGCUUCCUAGCCCUAAUUCUGAUUUGGCCACCAAGAUUUCUUCAUCUGGGGUAAAUGUAUUCUCAGAGUUGCCCAAGAACAGCAUAAACAAGGGUCAAUAUUGGAUUCCAACACUUACUCAAAUUCUUAUGGGACCAACACAGUUUUCAUGUCACCUUUGUUCCAAGACUUUUAACAGAUUCAAUAACCUGCAGAUGCAUAUGUGGGGACAUGGAUCCCAAUACAGAAAAGGAACUGAAUCUUUAAGAGGAAACCAACGAAGCGCAAUGCUAAAGCUGCCAUGCUAUUGCUGUGCACAGGAAUGCAAGUACAAUAUUGACCAUCCUAGAGCAAGACCUCUCAAAGAUUUCAGAACCCUACAAACACAUUACAAGAGAAAGCAUGGAACCAAACCCUUCAUCUGCAGAAAAUGUGGGAAGACAUUUGCAGUGAAGGGUGAUUGGAGAACGCAUGAGAAGAAUUGUGGUAAGAUUUGGUACUGCAUAUGUGGCUCUGAUUUCAAGCACAAAAGGUCUCUCAAAGACCACAUUAAAGCGUUUGGACUCGGCCAUGGAGCAACAGGAAUUCAAACUGAUUUUGAAGAUGAGGAUGAUUCAAGUUCUGAUAUUGUGCUCAAAUGA